AAAGAGACAUCUCCACGACCAUCACGGCCCAUUUCCUUGUCCCUAAGAAUACCCUCUCUAUUUCCUUCUCUUCCUCCUUGAACCUCAAAACGGUCGUAUCUUUGUAAGCCCCUCUCGGCUGCUUCCGAGAUGAGGAGGCUCUGUAAACAUUUAUCUGCGAUCAGAUUCAGAAACCCUUCAGACUCUUUCUCAAUCCGCAGCUUUAAUAUUAAUCCCUCAGUUGAACAGAAAUGUCAUUUAGCUGAUUUUAUUUUCUCUACGUCAUUUCUACGAACACCUUGUUCGGAGUCUGUCAAACUGUCGUUUCCCUUGAAUCCUCUUGCGGGGUUCAUGGUGUUCGCGCGGCGGUUUUGUUCAGAGGCUGUCCCUAUUGGUCCAAGUUUUGAUCUUAGCGGCAAGGAUGUUGAGAAAGAGGAUAAAUGUUUGGAAAGUGAUGUCGAUAGGUUGUACAAUGCUGUCAUCGAUAACUCUAGUGCGUAUAAGAAUAUGGAGAAGGCUCUUGACCAAGUUGGUGUAGAGUUGACGAAUGAAUUAGUGGUUGAGGUUAUUCGUAGGCUUCGGUUCGAGGAGAAAAUAGCGUUUAGAUUUUUUACGUGGGCGGGGCAUCGAGAAAACUAUGCCCACGAGUCUCGGGCGUAUAAUGAUAUGAUUGAUAUCCUGUCUAAUACAAAAUAUAAGGUGAAGCAGUUUCGAAUUGUUUGCGAUUUACUGGAUUACAUGAAGAGGCGCGACAAGAACACGGUUCCCGUAGAAGUUCUGUUGAAAAUUUUGAGAGAUUACACCGAAAAACAUCUGACCUAUUUGCAUAAAUUUGCCAAGAAGAAGAGGAUAAGGGUGAAGACGCAGCCGGAGAUCAAUGCUUUUAACUUGCUGUUGGAUGCUUUGUGCAAGUGCAGUUUGGUCGAGGAUGCUGAAGCCAUGUUUAAGAAGGUGAAGAACAAGGUUAAGCCUGAUGCUAACACUUAUAACAUAUUGUUUUUUGGGUGGUGUAGAGUUAGAAACCCAACUAGAGGAAUGAGAGUACUUGAAGAAAUGAUUGAAUUGGGUCAUACUCCUGAUAAUUUUACGUACAAUACUGCUAUUGAUUCCUUUUGCAAAGCAGGGAUGGUGACAGAAGCAGCUGAACUCUUUGAUUUCAUGAGAACGAAAGGUUCCACUCUGUCUUCGCCUACUGCUAAAACUUAUGCAAUCAUGAUUGUGGCUCUUGUCCAGAAUGAUAGAAUGGAGGAGUGCUUUAAACUUCUAGGGCAUAUGAUAAACAGUGGUUGCCUUCCUGAUGUUACUACAUACAAGGAAGUGAUAGAAGGGAUGUGUUUGGCUGGAAAGAUUGAGGAAGCGUACAAAUUCUUAGAAGAGAUGGGAAAUAAAGGUUACCCCCCGGAUAUCGUUACUUACAACUGUUUUCUCAAAGUCCUUUGUGACAAUAAAAAGAGUGAUGAAGCACUCAGGCUUUAUGGAAGAAUGCUUGACAUGGAUUGUGUGCCUAGUGUGCAGACCUAUAAUAUGCUGAUUUCAAUGUUUUUUGAGAUGGCAGAUACUGAUGGGGCGUUUGAGACUUGGCAUGAGAUGGAUAAGAGAGGCUGUCCACAAGAUAUGGAUACUUAUAGCUUGAUGAUUGAUGGGCUUUUCCGUUGUAACAAGGUUGAAGAUGCAUGUUCCCUUUUGGAAGACGUGGUGAACAAGGGAAUGAAAUUGCCAUAUCGGAUGUUUGAUUCAUUUUUGAUGCAACUUUCUGUGAUUGGUGAUCUCCGUGCCAUCCACCGGCUCUCGGAGCAUAUGAGAAAGUUCUACAAUUCUGCUAUGGGAAGACGUAUUGCACUCAACCAGAAGCGAAAGAGCAUGAGUUUGAGAGGAAAGUAAUGAGAUUUCUAGAUUAGCCAUCUAACUAUCUUUUCAGUGUCUUUGUGGAGAUCAUCCAUUGCGAUAUUUUUGAACUGUUGGUGCUGCCUCAUCAUGCCAAAUGGUUGUAUUGCUGAAAGUACUCUUCUAGUUUACUGCUAGUACUACUAAGGUAUCUAAUUCCAUAGUUUGUUCCCCUAACUUUCGUCUCAGUGUGGUGCCAGCCCAGCAGAGUAGCGCUUUUGCUGUUGGUGUGAUUUCAGAUUCUCUACAUUUCACUGCUUCACAGGAUGAGAUUGAGCUACCAUCCGGUGGAGCAGCUACCUUCCUUGGAAAAUGCAAAAAGUGCAGCUGCCUUCUUUCCCAGGUUCUAUUUCUUGGCAGUAAAGUGCGGGUUGACCUACAACUCAAUAUCUCUCUAAUUCGUCUGAAAAUCUCCCAUUUGUGCAAGACUGGUAAUGUCCUGAAAGUUAUAAUAUAGUUGAGAGUGGUUUUAAACUUUCAUACUGACACAUCCUGUUUUGUAAUUCUUGUUUUGGAUGCUACGUGUCAGCAAGGUGGGAUCAUGAGCCAAUACCGUGUUUCUACUUUUUAGCAUUGAGGCACAUGUCUUCCAUGGACAUGUGUUUCUAUGUCAGGUCUCUAUCUGCAGUGAAGGUUAUCGCUCUUGGUGACAAACCAGUCCUGACGAAGAAAUCGAAUUCAAAAGCUUGUAGUUUUUACUGAAACUUCAUAAAUAAUUUUCUUGGAGACUGCAUUGAUGCAGCAGGAUGUCAAUAAUUUCAACGAUAGAUCAUUUUAGGGGACAGGAGUGAGCAGAAGGCAGUCAAACACAUGAGAAUAACUUGUUUUAAUCCUGGUUCCUUCUGAAAUGGCCACACAUUUGUGGCAUAUUGUUCGUGCACUCAGGAGUCAGGAAGUUGAAUUGUCAGCCUUCAAAGAAUAUGAGAAAUAUAUGUUACACUAAACUUCAGCAGGCCAAUCUGAAAUAAUGCGAGGCUGGAUUUAAGCUGGGAACACCACUUUGUUCUAUUUGAUGCUAGGUAGAAUAGACUUAUUGCUCUUGAACGGGUCUAAUAUUUAAUUAGAAACUGGCCUAUCAAAUGACAAGAAAUUUGUGAUGUACAGAAGAGAAGGCAAUUGAUUGUCUUAAGUGGAAGCACAUAUUACCUCUGGUGUAGAGAAUGAAUUCUGUUUGUCAAAAUAAUUCAUUUUUGGUGCUUUCAUUUAUAUGUUCCCUCUGUGAAAAUAAUGCCCUCAAUAAAGUUUCUGAAAAAUUUAUAUUUUC